AUGCCGCCAAGUGCUACUAGAACAGGCUCUGCGCCUUAUGAGAAGUCAACGAAACAGGGAGACAUCUGGGACCUCCUGCAGGAGAAGAACAUGGCAGAUUACUCCAUCCGGAUCUACCAGGACUCAGAUUACCAGAUUGUGAGAGAGAUAUUUGCUUGUGGCCUCCUAGAACACACCAGUGCAGCCUUCCGCCAUACACUUAGCCUUUCGCACAUUCGGUUCCUCCUUGCUGUGGGAUCAUUGGUUCCUUUACUAACCACUGGAUCUAUUGCCAUCUCUCUUAUGGUGGUAACCAUCUUCUUAGUCAUCCUCUGGUUCAUCAACAGACAUAUCUUCACUUCCUACGUCCAGCAGAGCCUGGGGCAAGACAUGUUGGAAAUUGGGAAAUAUUAUUGUCAGCGGGACGACUGCUGUUUCUGGGUGGCAGAGUCAGCUGGGGAGGUGGUGGGAAUGGUGGCGGCUGCUCCCUUUUGUCACCCUGGUGAUAAAAAACUUAUGGAGCUCAAGAGGUUAUCAGUACCCAAAAGACAUAGAGGCAAAGGAAUUGCUAAAGCCUUGUGCAGGACAGUCAUCGACUUUGCCCGGAAGAGAGGGUUCCAGGCUCUGACUUUAAACACCUCAGUAUGUCAGAUCAGUUCUUGGAAGCUGUACGAGAAGAUUGGUUUCAGGAGAACUCGCACAUUUUUCCCAAACUACUACUUUGCUGAAUUGAUUGACUUACGUGACAUCAACUACUGGUAUGUUCUUCCAACACAGGACUGAAGAAGAACUGCACAGUAGCUGAUGGAGAUCCAUGUACACCGUGAUAUUAAUCAAUCUGACUUACAUGGAAAAUUACUUCACAGAAAGGGUAGUGGAUAAGUGGAAUAGUCUCCCAUCAGAGGUGGUAGAGGCUAAGACUGUAGAACAAUUUAAAUAUGCUUGGGAUAGGCAUAUGAAUAUCCUUACAAAGAAUUAAGGUUCAAAAAGGGUUGAGAUUACCUAAA